AUGGCUUCGAAUACAAAUGCGGUUACGUUCGACGAACUUGUUCAGCAUGCCGAACAGCUGAAUGCUGAUAUAGAACAUGGUUUAGAAUUGCCUCGGGUGGAACGAAGUUUAUUACAAAUCUCAGAAACGGUACAGAAAUUGAAGAGUAAAACUAUUCAUGCUACCGGUGAAAUGAAAGAUGUAAAAGCAAAAGCGUCUAUGCUAUUAGGAUCUAAUGGUGUCGAUUUGACUGAUCUUGACCAAGACGUUGAUAUUUUGGCAACAUCCGCUAACUUGCAUCCUCUGGAACCGAUUAGUGAUUCGGAUAUUCAGGGCUUCAUAAGGAACGAACGUGAAAAUGCUAUGUUAUCUGCUAUAGAAGAAGCUAGACGAAAUACAAUGGAAAUGGCAGAGCAACAUCAAUGGCAAUAUAUGGUCACAGAAUGGGAAAAAGAGAAAGUAAAAAUUUUAAAUCAUCUAAUCGGUAGCGGAGAAGAUAUUGCUGUAACUGACGACAAUGAUGGCCCUAGUAGCGUUGCAAUUAUUGAAAAACAAGGUGUGAUGGAUGCGAUAGAGCUUUCUUAUGCACGGGAGAUAUACAUUCGCAAUGAAAGGCUCAUUAAUGGAGAGCAAGUUAAUCUUAUUCAGGCAUUACGAGAAGCUGCUUCUAGGGAGGCUGACGCGAACAUUGUAGAUAUUUGGGAUCUAAUUUAUGAAAUAGCCGAUAUCGAAAUCACUGAGGUUAUCGAUCCGCUAGCACUACGGUAUGAAGCAGAAUCACAAAUGUUGUUUAUAAAUAAGGCACGAAAUUGUUUGGAAAGGAGAUAUUUAGAUUACGUUAAAAAGACAAUUUAUGGAAACUUACAUCAAGCAAAGUUAGGUGGUGUCCCGAGUACUUAUCAUACCGUAAAAAGUUUUCUGAAUAUCACUAUGCCUAAUUCUGUCUUGAAUUUAGAGGACGGUCUAGUUGAUGAUAAGCCAGUGUGGGCUAUGAUUUACUAUUGUAUUCGAUGCGGAGACUUAAAAGCGAUGUUGAACGCUGCUGACCUACAAUAUCUAGGCGAGAUUACAAAUUAUCUUGAAGAAUUUGCUAAUAGCCCUAAUCACAGUAUUUCUGCGCCAUCUGCAACUAAGGUGCAACUCAUGUACAAAAGAUCUGAAGGGCAUAGCUCUGACCCCUUCAAACGCUUCGAAUUGUUUACUGUAUUGUGGGAAGUUGUGACCCGACUGAUAGUCACGCUGAAGUUGCAACUAAAACAGAAGAUUAUAUUUGGCUUAAGGCAUGGAAUUACUAUAUCUAAUACACCAAACGAAGACAACAGUCAAUCUCAGGAGGUUUUUACACUUCCUCAACUGCAAACGUUACUGAUAGAUCAUUAUGGAGAAUCUCACUUUAAUGCAUAUCAACAACCGUUACUGUACUUCAGAGUGCUUCUUCUUACAAUGCAGUUUGAAGCGGCUAUCGAGUUUUUAUUUAGGAUCGCUAGAUAUCGAACUCAUAGUAUCCAUUUUGCCAUCUCAUUAUAUGAAGCCCAUAUACUCUCUUUGUCUAAGUCAUCCCAAUCACAAUUACUAGAACCUUCGGAUCCUCAGCCUUCUCGACGUUUGAAUUUUUGUCGUUUAAUAAUGUCCUACAUAAGAAAAUUCGAAGGCACAAAUACAAGAGAAGCGCUACAAUAUCUAUAUUUAUUGAAAGGAAUAAAAAACCCUCAAGGUGAAGAUGUUUUUGAGUCUUCGUUAAGCGAAUUGGCUUUGGAAACCAGAGAAUUUGAUAUGCUUCUAGGCAGCUUAAACAGCGAUGGAAGUAAAAAACUUGGCUGUAUAGAUAAAUUUUACAUAAGUGGUGCAAAGGCGGUUAUUGAAAAAGUUGCCGUUGAGUCGGAAAAGAAAGGACUAUUUGAAGAAGCUAUUAAGUUAUAUGACUUAGCAAAGAAUCAUGAAAAAGUUUUGGAAAUUCUUAACAGACUUCUUAGUCAGGUCGUACCGAAAUCGAAUGACAGUGAUAACACAAGAUCUCGGUUACAGGAUUUGGCUGUUUCUAUCGCUCAACGCUUCAAAUCGCUUGGCCAUUUCGCAAGUCGAGUACGUCUUAAAGCACUAUAUAUACUUUUGGAUGUGAUGCUGUUCUUCGACUUAUUUCACGGUCAUAAUUACGAACAGGCCCUUGAUGUUGUUAAGAAAAUUGGUAUACUACCUUUAGAGAUUGAUGAUACUGUGGAACAAAAAGUUGCUUCCUUUAAACAAAUUGCUGAUGAGAUAAAACGAAAUAUUCCUCAAGUAUUGUUAGCAACGAUGAAUAUCCUGUACGCUCAGUAUGAAUCUAUCAGACCUGGAAGUAUACAAAAUCCCUUGCUGACAUCUCGAGCAAAUGAUGGGGGCAGAGAUAUGCAUGUUAAAGAAAUACGUCGUCAGGCCCGUACAUUAAUCACUUUUGCCGGAAUGAUAUCCUAUCGUAUUCCAGGAGAUACCAACUCACGUCUUGUACAAAUAGAACUCCUCAUGAAUUAA